CCAGUCCCCCACAGUUUUCCAUCAAAUCAAGGCAAUACUUCAUUUAAUUUGACAUGAGGGGAGCAAUUGCCAAUACCGGUAUCACCAUUUACCUGCCGAUACUACUGAUAUUAAUAACGAAAGGCCGUACACUUGCAGCAGUACUUUUUGUUUAACGUUCAAAAUAUUAGGUAAGAAAUAUGUCAGUAGUCAGCGCCCUGGAUGCCAUUUCUGACGUUACAACUUUGUUGGAACAAUGGAAGGAAAAAGAACGUCUUCAUGAAAGUCCUAUUGAGACUCUUGAAAGAAUUGCUGAUGUUCUUGAAGAACAAUAUGAAGUGUUUUUAAAAUCUGAUCCAGACCCAUUUGAUGACAGAGGUCCAGCAUGCAGCAAUCCCGAAUCCACUUAUGCGCAUAUUUUAAAAUGUUUGAGUAAAAGUGAAGAUUUAGUGGACGUUUUAUUAAACACAUAUCUAAUGACUUCUCGUUGGGACUUCAAACUAUGUUCUGUUUCUUGUCGUCUUCUUUUUGAUAUCAUGUGUUGUCUGGAAAUGGAACAGAUAUAUCAAGAAACGGAAGGUUUUCUAUUAAGACUUUAUGACUGGGCAGAAAAUGGGAAAGAGCCAUUACGUUCCUAUUCAAUGGGACUUCUUGGUAUUGCUAUGGGUAUGGAGGAGUUUUCUUCGGCCCACAGAGAACAUAACGCUCAUUUGAUCCCCAUAGUGAUAAACCGUUUAAAGUCAGCAAAAGAUUUUAAAGAAAUAAAUCAAAAAGCUAUUGAUGAAUUUCCUAAACCGAAGACUGCUUCAAAAACCAAACCAAAAAUUGGAAGCAUUAAGAACAAAAAAGAUUUUGACAGUAGUGGAAGCCUAGCGGCAACUGAUGGAAAGUCCAGCUAUAACUUGACUAAGAGAGAAAACAAAAAAGUUGGUCGUCAGUUAAAGCCAUCGUCGUUUAAACUUUUCCCUCUUACACUUAACGCUCAAAUCAGACUGAUGUUACGUUAUCUUACUCCUCUAGGAGAAUAUCAAGAGUUUCUACAAAUAUUCUUUGAGUUGGAUGUACAAAGUAUCGUUGCUCAUUUUAUAAGUGUGAAACAUUCAUGUGAAGAUGGAGUGAUCUUUCAAGCGCUUCAGUAUUUAACGUCAUUGAUGUGUCACAAGAAAUUUGCCCUUGAGUUUGUCAGUAAUGGUGGCAUUGAAAAGCUUAUUCAAAUACCGCGACCUUCCACGUCUGCUACGGCUGUUUCAUGCUGUUUUUAUUACCUUGCGUACGUCGAAGACGCCUUGGAAAAGAUUUGUGUUUUACCACCUCCAGUGUUGUCAGACGUAGUCAAAUACAUUUUAUGGUUAAUGGAAUUCUCUCACUUCUCAGGAAGAUGUUAUGCAACGAUAUUUUUUUCACAAACUUUUCCUUUUUAUGCAAUUCUUUCUUUAUUUGACAGUAAUGAUGGAUUAAGGAAAUUAAUCAAUAUGUUGAGUACGUUGGAAAUCUUAACGGAAUCAAGCGAAGUGUUGAGCGACGAUUAUUUAUUUGACUGUCGUCAAACUGUAAAACAUACGUGUUUGGCAUUGAGAAGAUAUUUUGAUUCGCAUGUUGCUUACAAAGCAAAUGCUUUAAAAAGAUCACUUGCUAUGAACAACGGUAACACAUCACCUCCACCAACUCCUGAUUAUAAGGCCAUAACUAUCACCCAUGUGAGUAUGCUUGAGAAUAUUGAUCUGCUUUUGGAAAAUUCUCACGUCAUAAUAAAGUGGCCGUCAAUUGAUAUGAUGAUAAAUUUACAAGGAAUAUCACUGCUAAUACAAAUUGUUUGUCUUUCUUCUGAAUGGAGUAGUUACACUUCUCGAAACGAUGUUACCCGAUGCUUGGAUACUUUAACAGUACUUACGGUUUGUGUUGAGACACAAUUAGCCCUGAUUGAACCUGUUACAUUACCUACUGGAAUUACUGAAAUCGGUAUACGUGUAUUGCUACGAGCCGCUGAAGGUGAUCUUGUUGCAGACGCUGAAGUUCAAAAAGCUGCAUUACUUGUUCUAUGCAACUGUGUUUGUGCUACAUUUAAACACAAGGUUCCAACUCACAUCUCAAAUGACCUUAAAACUUCAAAAAGAAAACCAUCAAAAGACAAUAUUCAACAACAAUUAUGGAAUUGUGUUCGCGCUUAUAACGGUAUUCGGGUUUUACUUACUUUGACUUUUAUAAAAACACCGAUAUCAGAUGCAGACAACAUUCGCGCUUUGGCAUGUCGUGCUCUAUGGGGACUGGCAAGAAGUGAUGAAAUCCGACAAAUAAUGAGUAAAUUACCCAUGUUUCAUAGCGGGCAGUUGCAACUUUUAAUGCGAGAGCCCAUACUUCCUGAUAACGUUUCGGAACAUCGAGUAUUUUGUAAAUACGUUUCAAAACUAUUGGAGAAAGUUCUCGGAAAAAUCAUCAACACUGCUUCAUACUUAACUCUAGGAAAAGUUAACAAGGCUGAUGUGGUUGCUCAAACAAAAAUCACUUACUCCGACCAAGAACUAUUAGCUUUGAUAUACAGACAUUUGAAUGAGCGAGGGUUAAAACAAACAGCAGCGACUUUGUUGAAGGAAACAAAAUCAUCAAUGAAUAAAAAUUGUUCAAAGUCGACAUUCGUAUCAUCUCCAGCGCAAAGAAAGAUUCGUAUUAAUGUUGCUCGGCCGAAUGUUUAUGACUGUCAUACAGUUUGUAAUUCACCCGGAAACUCCGUCGUUCAUCGUUUUGGAUCAUUCCUUUCACCACAAAUGUCCAGAUCCCAACGUCCGAACAGCAGUACAUCCACUUCACCUACUUUGGAUAGCAUAGUAGUGCAGUAUUUAAGAAACCAACAUGAAAAAUGCUCUCAUCCUGUCUCUGUUUGUCCACCUUUUUCUCUCCUAAAGCCACAUCAAUGUCCACAACCAAAAAAACGUUGCCAUGCGUCAGUGAACAUUACUACAAGACUCGCAGCUAAAAAGGCACGAACUGAUUAUGGUGGUUAUGAAGGAAAGAAAUUGAAUUGUAGAUAUGUUUAUAGUAGAUUUCGUCCUCUUCGAGUGCUGAGAGUCUUGGAUGAAGUAUGUUACUACACUUGUGCGUCGUUUUUGCCAAACACACCAGAUAUUUUCAUUGGAACACAAGCUGGAGAGAUAAAAAUAUUUAAUAUUCGAACGGGCGAAUGUUUGCGAUCUCAUAACUGUCAUCGCUCCAUAAUUUCAUCGUGUAUUGCAUCAAUUGAUGGUAAACUAUUGCUCACAUCUUCGCCUUUUGGAAGCCCGCAGUCGUCAUUAUGGUCUGUGGGUUCAAAUAACUUGGACAUGAGGCUGUCGUUUCCUGACGCAAGGCAUGUGAGAUUUAGCAACCAAAGUCUAUCUAAAGUCAUUGGAACUCGGGGAUCUACAGCUGAAAUUUAUGAUCUUGCUGCAGGACAGAAAAUCACAACGUUAUCCGAUUCAAAAAACAGUAAUAAUUACUUGAAGAAUAUUGCCACAUUCAACAAAACAGACGAGCUUAUAUUAAAUGAUGGCUUGUUGUGGGAUAUUCGGUCCGCCAAUAUUAUUCAUAAAUUUGAUAAGUUCAAUAAUUACGUCAGUGGAGUAUUUCAUCCAUCCGAUUUGGAAAUCAUUAUAAACUCUGAAAUCUGGGAUCUUCGAUCUUUUCAUCUUCUUGAUACUUGUCCAUCAUUAGAUCAGUGUCAAGUUACAUUCAACAACCAAGGAAAUGUCAUAUUUGGAGUGAAACAUGCUGUACAAGCUGAAAUAAUGGGACAGUUUGAGUCGUCAUUCAAAACAAUCGAUUCAACCAACUUUCAGCAGAUUGCAACAUAUGAUGUAAAGAAACCUAUAAAUAACUUGGCUGUAAACUGCUCUGAUACAAUUGUGGCUAUUGUUGAGAAUCAAGGAUUCGAAGAUGCCAAUUUCGAAAGUAUUUGUCGUCUUUAUGAAAUCGGUCGCAUAAAAUGUGAAGAAGGAGAUGAUGAUGAUGAUGAUGAUGAUGAUGAUGAUGAUGAUGAUGAUGAUGAUGAUGAUGAUGAUGAUGAUGAUGAUGAUGAUGAUGAUGAUGAUGAUGAUGAUGACUAUGAUGAUGGUGUUAAUGAUGAUGACGACGAUGAUGAUGAUGAAUUGCAGAGUGAAGAUGAAGUUGAUGAUUUGGCUGACUUUAUUGUUGAUGACGACGACACUGUACUAAGAGACCUGGGUGACGUAUCAAGACAGAAUAGUAAUAGUGAGAAUGAUAACAGAUUACUUGAUUCAUAUCAUGAAAAUAAUACUAUCAAUAGUCAUAUGUAUGAUGAUUUGGGUGACAUCAUUAAUGGUGACAUAAGCAGCAGUGAGGACAAUGACGUGAUGUUCAACAACAGUGACAGUGAACUUGAUGCCAGUAUGAGAUUUUUUCUUGCUCAUUCCAGUGAUUCUACUGAUUUGUCGUCCUCUGAAAUGUCUGAUUAAAUGAUGUUUUUGAAGUACAUUUUCACUCACACUGUAUUUAUACACUAAUUUCAAGAUUCUUGGAUAUUGUUUAAUUUCAUGUUCACUUUAAGAAGUGUUACUUAGUAUGCUAACAUAAAGUGGAUCAAGAUAUGUUUGUCCACCAUCUUAUUUUACUGAAAAAUGUACAGCAAUCAAAACUAAUUUCAACAUGA